UAGGACCCUUUAACUAGCACUAUGAACAUUAAAGUAGGGGAAGGAGAAGGAAACGUGAAUGAAUUGUAUUGCAAUUUGCUAGGAACGCGUGUAUAUUCGGGUCUUCAAACAUUUCACACUUUAUUAAAUAAAGUUUUAUGCUGUUUUUCAAAAUAAAAACGAGUCUAUCGGAUUAUGAUAGAAACUUUUAUUAGAAUCCGCUUUUGAUUUAUUAUCAAAAUUGUGACUAAAAAUCAUAUCUAAUAGCACGCCAUAAUUUUACGUCGAUUGAUGUUUAUAUUUUCGUGACAUUAAUACGAAAUCAAGACCAAGAUAUAGAUGCAUUAUAAGGUCUACGAUUCAAAGUAAAUUCAAAGACAAGAUAAUACAAGUGAAAUUUAAUACCCUACCGAUCCUAAGAUUUGACAGGAUUCACCGGCGAUCAUUACUUAGGGGGAAAUUAUCGUCUCAUGAUAAUAAUAACAUUUAUAUAUAAAUUUGUCGACGGAUAGAUUUUGAAGACCUUAUAUUAUUGUCGAUUCAUCAGUCAAAGAAUAGUAAUCCUACCUCAGAUUUUCAAACAUUUAUAGAAAUGAACAAAUCAGAAGUAUCUCCUUCACAGCAAUUAGAAAAUAACUCUCAUGUCACUGGAGAAUGUUCUGCUGAACAAUCAGCAACUCCAAGGACCAGGCCAAUUAGUAGAUGGAGACCUAAAAUCCUCCAAAGCAGAAACACUAAAAUUGUCAAAUGUGGGUUAAAGCAGGCACAUAUUCCGGCACCAGUUUCCAGCAAAGGGGGUAGCUGCAAAGUGGUGCAGAAUGCUGUGAUUAAGCGUAGGAGUGCCUUAACACCCAAAAGAUGUAAUAUAUCAAAAAUGUUGAUUCGGGAGGUAAGAAGGAUUAACAAACAAUGCAAUAAUUCAAGGGAUAAAUUGCAACAGAGUAUACAAUGUUCUGAAAAGUUUGGAAGUAUUCCAGAAACAUUAAAUGUAAGGGCAAGAAAUUUUAUAUUGUCUCGAUUAAGAGACCAAACUAAAAUACCGAAAGGAAGAAAAUUUACAAACGAGGACAAAAUUCUUGCUUUAACUUUAAUUGUCAUAUGA